CGCUCGUGACCGCGACAACCUCAGUAGCAACCCUCUAUUCCUUGAUCCUAGCAUCUUACAUCAUACUCUCUCCAAGACACGACAUUUUCGACGUCCACGACAGCCAACAGCUCAUACAAGCCCACAAACGGCCUUAUACUGCCAACAAAGCAUCUCCGCCCUGCCAGCGAGUCAGCCCCUCCUCCGCUAUCGAUAGCUCGGCACCCAACGUCACAAGAGCUCUCUCGACCGCAUCGAGCGACCGUCCACCAAACUUCACUUGAACCUUCAGCUGGAACAAUAUAGGACGGAAAGAAGCUGUCUGAAAAAGGCCUGUCCUCAAUACCGUCACCAUGAGUUCGCCGAAGAGACGUAUCGAGACGGAUGUUAUGAAGAUGCUUAUGAGCGACUAUGAGGUGACACUGGUCAACGAUAACAGGCAGGAGUUUUACGUUCGAUUCAAGGGCCCCGAAGAGACUCCAUUCCAGGGUGGCCUAUGGAAGAUUCAUGUCGAGCUUCCCGAUCAAUAUCCGUACAAGAGUCCUAGCAUCGGCUUCGUCAACAGGAUAUUCCACCCCAAUAUUGAUGAGCUCUCCGGCUCCGUCUGCCUCGAUGUUAUAAAUCAGACAUGGUCACCCAUGUACGACAUGAUCAACAUCUUCGAAGUCUUCCUUCCCCAACUUCUCCGAUACCCAAACCCGACCGACCCCCUGAACGGAGAAGCGGCCGCGCUUCUCAUGCGGGAACCAAAGAGCUACGAGGCGAAAGUCAAGGAAUACGUCCAAAAGUACGCAAACAAGGACACAGCCGAAGACUCAGAUAAAGACAACGAUGACGAUGACGAGAUGAGCUCCGUCGGCAGCUACGAGUCGGGCGACGAAGAUGAAGCGGCGGGCAAUAUGGAGGACAUCUAGGCAGCGAUGCUUAUGAUCAAGUUUAACUCCUUCGUAUUGUUCACGGUUAUUAUUCCUUCUGAAUUAGACAUGGACGGACGUUCAAGGCGUACACAGGAUGCAUUAGUACAUAUUCCCCACCAGUAUUGGGAAGCAUCAGGGUUGGUUACCGGGUUUGAAUUUGUUUAUGAUUAUCUCUUUUACAUCAGCGGUACUUCCCAUAUCUACUGAAGCAGCGGGGUCUGUUCGCGAUAUGACUAGGUGAAAGAGAUUGUAUGGCUUCUCGAAUUUCGGCCAGUUAGGCAGCAGCAGGACGCAGGUAUUGUGUAUGGUCAAGCUUUUCUUUUGUUCAAUUAUACACACUUUUUCUAUUCAACUACUUGACUCUUCUCAAUCCAAUCUCCUUAUCAGUCUUCUUGAAGGUCUAUGAACUUGCGAUCAAGCUCCUUCCUUUGGUCUCCAG